UCUCUCUCGUUAAAAAAAAAAAAGAAAAGAAAGAAAUGUACACGGUACCCAUCUGGGUGCAAGCGCUUCUGAGCGAGAAAUUCUUCAACGCCUGUGUGGUUCAUGAAGAUGCCAAAAAGAACGAGAAAAACAUCUUCUGUUUCGACUGUUCCCUCGGUAUCUGCCCGCACUGCUUGUCCUCUCACCGCUCUCACAAACUCCUCCAGAUUAGGCGAUAUGUUUAUCACGAUGUCAUUAGAUUGGACGAUGCUGUGAAGCUAAUUGACUGUGCUUUUGUUCAAUCGUACACUACGAAUAGUGCGAAAGUGGUGUUUCUGAAACAGAGGCCACAGACUAGAAACUUCAGAGGCUCCUCCGGCAACCUCUGUAGUACCUGCGAUAGAAGCCUUCAAGACCCUUAUCUCUUUUGCUCUCUCUCUUGCAAGAUUGAUUAUCUGGUAAAGGCGCAAGGUGGGGUUUCCAGGCAUCUUUUGGAGUGCAAUUUCUUGCCAUUACCCGAACCGGUUUGGGACGACGGAAUGAUUAUGACGCCUGACUCUGUUCUAGAACCGGCCGGUUCGACCCGAACCUCUUCCAGUUCCGACGGUGGUAGAGUGUUGGAGAUGAGGACUACUAUUGCUUCGACGGCGACCACGGACUUUGUGAAGAAAAAGAGAAGUAGCUUGACGGCUGCUGCGGCGGCGUAUCGGACAACGUGCCGGCCGGCUUGCUGUUCGGUGACGGUUUCCGAGACGUCUGGGAGUCUGAUGAGCCGGAGAAAAAGUACCCCGCAGCGGGCCCCACUCUAUUGAAUUUUCAUUUUCUAUUUAUUUUUCAAGUGUAGUACUGUAGUGGGCAGUCUGUAAGGGGGAGGUUUUUUAGGGACAGAGAUGUCAUUUUGUGGUUUCUCAUGGGGGUGUUUUGGGGAUAUAUGAUGAAGUUA